GGACGGACGACGGGAGCGCGCGCGCCAGGGGCGGAGCGAGGUAGGGGCUACGCCCCCCGGCGCCCCGCGGGGCCGCCCAUCAUGCCGCUCCAACGCCCUGGUUCCGGCCGGGACCGAGGGGGUUUCAGCCCAGGCAGCAUGUCCUGAAGGUCUUCCCUGAAGUCUGCACUCUAGAUUAGCUGGCGGUCCUGCUGUGUGGUGCCAUAGUUUCAUAGAUACGCCUUUUUCAAGCCCUCCUCACUGUGAAUUGCUAUAAGAGAAUAAAAGACCAUGCCUUGAAUUCUCUCAGCUAAACAUAUUGCAUUCCAUCAAAGAUUUGUUUUCUCCCCAAAUGGACAUUGUUUUGAUGAUGUAUACAAGAAACAAUCCUUCCUGUGCUGAGCCACUGUUUGAGCAGAAUAACUCACUUAAUGUUAAUUUCAAUACAAGCAAGAAAACAGUCUGGAUUAUUCAUGGAUACAGACCAAUGGGCUCCACUCCUAAAUGGCUUCAGAACUUUCUAAAGGUUUUGCUGAAUCACGAGGAUCUGAAUGUAAUUGUAGUAGACUGGAACCGGGGUGCUACAACUUUUAUUUACAACAGAGCAGUUAAAAACAUCAGAAAAGUUGCUGCUACUUUGGGUACAUACAUUCAGGUUCUUUUGAACCAUGGAGCGACUCUUGAUAAUUUUCAUUUCAUAGGUAUGAGCUUAGGGGCUCAUGUUAGUGGAUUUGUUGGAAAGAUAUUUCAAGGUCAACUUGGAAGAAUUACAGGUCUUGACCCAGCUGGGCCAAAGUUCUCUGGACAGCCAUGUGAUCUCAGAUUAGAUUACACUGAUGCAAAGUUUGUGGAUGUCAUCCAUUCUGAUAUCAAUGGUUUAGGCAUUAAUGAACCUUUGGGACAUAUAGAUUUUUAUGCAAAUGGAGGAAAAAAGCAACCUGGCUGUCCCAAAUCCAUUUUUUCAGGCGUUGCAUUUAUUAAAUGCAGUCACCAGAGAGCCGUUUACUUGUUCAUGGCAUCUUUGGAAACAACCUGCAAUUUUAUUUCAUUUCCUUGUCCUUCAUACAAAGAUUUCCAUGCUGGUUCAUGUGUGGACUGUGACGACUUCAAGGAAAAAUCAUGUCCUAGGCUAGGUUAUCAAGCUGAGCUAUGGAAAGAUGUUUUAAAAGAAAGAAAAGAAAAAAGAUUUCUCAGGACCACUGUGUUUUUGGAUACUACUGGCACAAAACCAUUUUGCAGCUAUUAUUUUGUUCUCAGUAUAACUGUUCUGGAUAACAAUAUGAAAAAUGGCUGUAUUACAUUUAAGUUAUUAAACCAGCUUGGAAUGGUUGAAGAGUCAAGGGUCUAUGAGAAGAACAGAUCAUUUUAUCAACUUCAAGAAGUCAAGAUUCUUGCUCAGUUUUCAAAUGAUGUUGUAAAUAUUUCAGGCAUUGGUUUGGGAUAUUUUCAGAGCUCAAAUUGGCAAUGUUUCCAAUGUAAUUACAACAUCCACCGAGUCAUGGUACAAUCACUUACCUAUCCAGAAAGACCACCACUUUGCAUAUAUAAUUUUGUUCUUAAAGGAAAUGAGGAAUUAUUUCUCAAUCCAAGCACAUGCACAUCAGGAUUUGGUUUGUGAUUAAAGAACUUGUAAAUGGGGACAAUGUAAUCAGCAUUUCUUUAUGAAGGCAUUGUUCAAUCUGGGAUUCACAUAUUUCUACUUCCUGAAUAAAUUUAAAAAUAAAAAAUAUAGAAAAAUGUUAAAAUGCAUAUAGUAAAGCAUUCUGAAUAUAUUCUAAAAGCUAUUUAUCUCUGUUUACCUCAAUCAAAUGUUUAUCAUUAAAUGUUUCCCUUAAUUACUUAAUAGAUAAUAUAUCUUUAGAAAAAAGAGAAGCCUAUUGUUUCAAUACACUGUCUAAACUAUCAUUUUCUACUUGUCAAACUGCAGUCAUAAAAGAAGUAUUUUUAAUUGUAAAUUUGUCACUUGGAGAAGUCACUCGGAUUAAUGUAAAUUUGGUAAACAUAAAUACACCUUGUGUUUAGUGAUCUAUUUGGCAUUUAGAGAUAUAUUUGAUUUAUUUGGCACUGUAAAUAAAUUUAUUUCUGUGGAGCACAGUAA